UAUAUAUGCAGUAUUGUUUUACUUUGAAAUGUUAGUUUUGAUCUUUUAUUACCAUCUACAUAUACAUAUAUAUAUAUAAUAUAUAUACAUAUAUAUAUAUGUAUAUACAUAUACAUAUACAUAUACAUGUAAACAUAUACAUUUGAAUGACCAUUUGUCUAUUUGAGAAACUGACCCGAAUGCUAACCAGCUACAUGAUGCACACACACACUCAUGUAAUUCUCCCUGUUAUUAUUUUAUUGGUCUUGAACAUGUCUGAGUUGAAGGUAUCUUUAAUUGCAGGGCAUGAUUGAAAUCUCAUAUCCAUCACGUACUGUUAAAAUAGUUGCUGGGUCAUUUAGCUCUGCCGGCAUUCCUCGCUACAUAAUAUACAUAUAUAUAUAUAUUGAGGCCAAAGAAAAACCAGAGGAUUAUAUUGUGAAAGGCUUCGCCGGAAGAGGCUCCGUGUGGGAGUGUCACAGGGAGAGUGAACGCCGGUUGUAUGCGGCUUUCUCCACAGCGCUCAACCGCAGCCUACCGACACGGUGCCUGGCCCGUUAUUCCACCCGCUUUACUCUCACUUCGUAUCGGCUGUUCGCGCGUGUGUAGCCCGGAGCCAUGGCUGCCCGCUUCCUGUGGUCGCUCUGCCUGGUGCUGGCGCUGCUGCUGCCGCCGGGAGUCUCGUCUCAGGACUUUGACCUGUCCGACGCUCUGGACGAUGGCAGUGAUCCAGCGACCCCGUCACCAAAGCCGGCGAAGCCAGCAGCUCCAGCUGCAGGAGGAGGAGGAGGAGACUUUAAACUGGAGGACUUACAAGAUCUCGAUGGUGCCACCACCACCACCACCACCACGACCACCACCAAAGCCCCACCCAAGGUCGUGCCCAAGGCCCCAGUGAAGCCUAAACCCAAGCCAGCUGCAGAUGACUUGGACCUGGCUGAUGCCUUGGACCCCAACAAUGACAUUGGUGGCAAGGAUAAAAUCAAGGGGCAGGGAGGUGGAUUCUCCGAUGACGACCUGUUCGAUGUCGGCAAAGACGAUAGCUACAAACCCGAUAAAGGCAAAGGUGGACGUCCCAGUGGUGACAAGGACCAAGUCAACCAGUAUGACGACAACGGUGAGACCACAGCAGAAGUGGGCACCAUUGCAGGGAUCGUUAGUGCGGUUACCGUGGCGCUGAUUGCCGCAAUCACCAGCUACGUCUCCUACCAGAAGAAGAAGCUGUGCUUCGGUCUACAACAGAGCCUGAACACUGACAUGGUGAAAGCGGAGAACCCUGAGUCCGUGGUGGCUACAGAACCACAAGUCCAACAGACUCUUCUGGAGCCGCCCAACACUGAACCACCCACUGAAGAGAAUGCUGUGUAACACACACACACACUCUCACUCACACACACACUCUCACUCACACACACACACACACACACACACACACUCUCUCAUUCAAAUACACAUACGCAUACACACACACACACUUUGUAGUCCUUUUGAGCUGAACGUGAACAGAUCUUUUUUGGGUAUUCUCGGCUGAAAACGUGUCCCACGGUGUAUCGAACCUUGCCAAAUGUGCGUGUAUAUAUUUAUUUAUUGUUUACGGUUCGAGCACCACUGACGGUGUUGGUUAGUGAUCCAGCCUUCAGCAUGAACUCAGAGUUUGAGUUGAUGUAUUAGUUUUAUUAUACGUUGGAGAAAGAAACUCUUCUUUGAGUUCACAGAGUCACUUGGAGCUGGUUAAGUUUACAGAUUGAUUUGGUUGAGUUUGAGGACACAGAUUAGUGAAUUACAGCAUGACGAGAGUCUCUGAGUCUGACGUGAACCGCCCAGUCCGAUCCUCUUUUUGUUUCCUCCAGAAUAAUGAAAGUCGUGUUCGAGCUAUCAGCAAUAUCUCAUGUCCUGACUUUGAAUGGAAUUUAGCAGGUUGUCCCUUUCGACACAUGACUGAUGUCACUUUUGUUUGAUGCGGUGACGGAAAUUAAAUGUAAACUGUAACAAGCGGAAUCACAGAGAGUGAGAUUAAGAACUUUUGACGAUAUUCCCCAGAUUUGCCUUGUAGCAACUUUUUAUGUAACCAUAAAUCACAGUGAUGAAAAGAUUAGGUCGUCAACCAUUAUCACAGUCAGUGUUACUCCAUAGUACUCAUAGAACUCAGGUUACUUCACGUGACUAAAAAGGAUUCGGAGCGCUCUGACCUCUGACCUCCGCCGAUAGGCCGUUCCCAUCAGUGAAAAAAGUGAUGUGUAUCGACCUUGUGAUCCAGAUCCGUUGUUUGUUCUCCAAACUUCAUGAACAUCACCCCGGUACUUUUUAUUUGCUGACACACUAACAAUGUGAGUUUCUCUUAUUCCUACGUGUGACUUUAUCAUUUAGUUUAGUUCAUUUUUCAGUUUACUCAAGUAUCAUUACGAGGUUAUCUGUGAUUGUGAUGAUAAUGUGAUCAAUUACCAUUGUGAAUUGAAGUUUCCCGGAGAGGUGUAACUACAUGUUGACCCUCUUGGUACAUGGACCCUUCAAUGGGCGCCACAUUGAGCUGAUGAAGUCCACGAGUGGGACGUACCUCAAAGCUUCUGUUGACACCAUGUGACAGUUGCAUCACUAGUUGCAUCACUAGUUGCAUCACUAGUUGCAUCACUAGUUGCAUCAUUAGUUGCAUCACUAGUUGCGACGCGUUGCUUCAUGUACACCCUCACGUCGUCCCUCUUCAUGUACAACGUUGCCUUAUUCUGAUCUUUUUGCAGUGGGGAAUAAAUAAGGCGUCCAAACAUUUCUGUCUACUUACAACCUGUGACUUUUUAUAGUGUAAAUAUUAAUUUUUUUGGUUUGUUUUUUAAAUGAUAAUGCUUAAUGACGGGAGCCUGGCUUGGUUUUUUAGAAAGUGAUGAUGUUGAAAUAGUUAUGAUUAGAGUAGUUAAGUCAAGUAAUAACAACCCAAUAAAAAAAAAAGAUUGUAUUGAAGUUCAGAAAACGUAACGACUCCCCACACUUGUAGCAUGUAGCAUACAAACAAUGCUAGCGAACUCAGCACUCACUUGUGUGCCUAUUUGAAGAGAUUUCCUUCAGUGAGAAGCUAUUUGAGAAUAACCUCCACACUGGCAAAGAAAUGCUAAUAUGUACAAAAGUAGCAUGACGCGAAACACAAAAGCGAAAAAGUUUUCCCACGGUGGAGCCCAGACGGCUAGUGGCCGCAGCAUAAAUUGCUAACAACUAUUAAAAAAGGAAUCCUGUGGAGCUUUCCUGUUAAUAAAUGUGUAUCCUUGAGGCAUAACAUACACGAUAAAUGCAUUUCAUUCCACGUAACACAUUAGCGAGCUGAGCCGACUACGUUUCUUGACCACCAAACGUCGAUUAAUGGAUUAGCACGAAGCCGUUAGCCGGAAUGUGAAGCGCAUCAUCAGCAUAUUAAGGUAUGCAAACAGAACGGGGACAUGCGACUAAAAUGCUCCAUCGCACGACUGUAGUCUAAAGCUCCAGUUACUCUCCUCAUGAUCGUUAUUCAACUAUAUCUCUUCAUUUCGUUCACUAGCAGAGUAACGUGAGAGAAACUGGUUCUGAAUCUGUAAAACAGCAUCUCAAGUUUACCUCGUAUGCUUCAACCACAGCGGUUUGUAAUGAGGUGUAAAGACUCAAGUGGUCACACGUGUUGCAGCUGAUGGCCGCAGCCCACCGGCCAAUCACGGCGCACAGUGGGAAUGAUUGACAGUCACCAACUCCCUGAUUCCUCCGUCUGUAAAAAGGGCGUCAGACUCUCGCCAGGUGUUGAGACCGAAGGCGGGUUUUCGCCACUGGAGUGUUUUUUGGUGCAUUUGGCAACUCGCAAAUAUUUUUUCCUGAACAGCCAAUUGGAGUUUCCCAAAUUUGUUUGGCUGAAGUUGAACCAUUUAAGCUAACGCGUAUUCGUUCGUUGCGUUCGGACGUACUCGUUCCGCAUCCCGCCCGGUCCGAACGCGGCGUGAGGUGAUCGGACAAACCCGAUUGAACCUUUCGUGGACUUAAAAAAUGGCCACAAUAGAACAAUAUUUGAGUUAUUGGAGAACGAUGAAGUUGGGGGGAGUUUGAAUCGGCAGAAGUCUGCUUUAGCCGCGUAGAGGACGUUAGCUGCGUAGUGAGCUUUAGAAUCUUUAUUGCUUUUUAAAAGAUGUGAUGGUUGUAUAUAUUUCUGUCUUUGGACUAUUAGCAAUGUGUAAGAGAGCAUAUUUAAGCUCCAUAUUAUACUCCUUAGUGUGUGUGUGUGUGUUUACACUCUCCGCCUGCUCUUUUUACACUUUGUACCCGACUUUACUAAUAAUGUAGCUUAACUUUUUGUAGAUAGUUCUACUUCUUCUUCUUUGUUGUGCUGCCGACGCUUUGUUGUUUGCCCGAAGGUCUCGAGAUCGGGAACCAUUCGCCGUUUUUCUAUCCUGUCUGACCUUUAGUCUUUCUGUCGUUUUAAAGCAUAGACUCCUAUGUGGGGCACUUGAGGUAUCCCACAAUGCAUCAUUUCCACUGCGCGGUUCGGCUCGACUCGUUUUGGUACCACGUCCUUAUCCUAUCGCCGUUUGUUAAAAUCUGGGUUGAGUAAAUUUCAGAAAUAUAUCGAUCACUAGAUUGAUGCAGGACGUCCCACGUCACGUUAGUCACCAUUCUUCCCGACCAAUCAGUGAACUUUAACGCCUCCCUUUAGUAUCGGCUCGGCAGCGUGGAACCUUGACUGAGGUGGCACCCGAAACAAAAGGUAGGCCUACCAGAGACCCAAAAUCCAAAACUUUUUGCCAAUUGAGAGUCAAAGCCGAGCUGCGUGGAGCCGCACGGCGCAGUGGGAAUGCGGCAGUAGAGAAUAAAGCUGCGUUCACGUCUCGGUGAUGGAAGCUAGCGACGGUCAGGAUUUCAGAACUCGUCUCGUUCUGACCGACCUUCGGCUGACGGGCGGCAUCUUCCAAGUCGUCUACAGUUGGGUCAUUUCAGCUCGUGCCUCUUGACCCGCUCACGGUUCCUUGGCGGCGAUCGGCAGGUCGACCUCUGGUUGAGCCAAUAAACACGUCUUUAAAAACUGCCAACCAGACGACAAUGUGUUUGUGUAACGUCCGGAGUAAAAGAUGGCAGCAGCAGCGCGGCGUGGACGUGGCGUGAGCCGUGAUUGGCUCUGAGUGGAGUCUGAUAGAAUCGUCUGUCUCUCGACGGAGGUGAAUGCGUGGAGGCCGUGUGUGUUGUGUGUGUCGUAUGCGUUGGCGGUGUGUUCCGUAUCUGACAGGAAGCUGCAGAACCGCAUGACCCCCCCCGCCCCCCGGUCUCCUCCAACGAUGCCUUGGACAAGCCGCCGCUUUGCUCCUCUAAAAGUCCGUAAAAACACUUUUUUUAAACGUUCCGACUCUUCGGACUUGAAGCAGUCGGAGUACAGAACUGUGGAUCGCCGUCGGCUGUGAUUCAAAUGGUGCUUCUCUCUCUCUGCCUUUCACAUCCAACCCCCCCCCCACCCCCCCGCAUCCACACCGCAGAGAGCCAACCUCCACUCAGAACUCCAAACCUUUCCGUUUACCGAAUGUAUCGCGUGUCUGUACGCGACACGGAGGAUAACUCUUCAGCUGUAGCAAAAAAAUAUGCAAAUUUCACCAAAGAUGUUGCACGAAUUGAGAUUGGCGACGAGAAAAAUAAGUUUUUGGAAUAAUGGAGGAUUGAACGAGUAUUUGAACGAGUAUUUGAUGGGAAAGAGUACGGCUGAUGAAUAAAGAGUCCUGACCUGCAGACGAUCACUUAGAAACACGAUGAUUGUGACCCACUGUGUCCACGCUGCAGAGGAACCCCCCUGUAAAUAGUCAGCUGGGGACUGGACUGUUUUUACAAAGCGCGCUAAACAUAAUCGAGGCCGAGAUUUCGGCUCACUUUUUAUACGGUCAUCCCAUUUCUGAUGAUGCAUUAUAAUAAUGUUUACGUUGCAUUAUUACGCCACGGGUCACUCCGUUAGCUCGCUUUGUAAAGCGUCUGCGCAGCGUCACGUGACGCUACCGGUCACCGGGUCCCGUGAAGCCGGCCGACAUCCCGGGACCCUCUGUCACAUACGACACACACACACAUAUACACAAACACACAAUUGAUGCAUGCUUUUCUCUACAUACUCUUUAUCUUCCUGACAACUGAAUGUUGACGUCACAGGAAGUUGUUACUAAUAUGAAGCGAUUCAAUAAAACAUUUCAAAAAGACAAGAAAGAGACUGAA